AUGGCCUCCUCCUCAUCGAACGUCGUCGGUGUGCACUACAGAGUAGGGAAGAAGAUUGGCGAGGGCUCCUUUGGUGUCAUCUUUGAGGGAACAAACUUGUUGAACAAUCAACAAGUUGCCAUUAAAUUUGAACCAAGGAAGAGCGAUGCUCCUCAAUUGCGAGAUGAGUACAGGACGUAUAAGAUCCUCGUUGGGUGCCCCGGCAUUCCGAACGUGUACUACUUCGGUCAAGAGGGUCUUCACAACAUUCUAGUCAUUGACCUCCUGGGACCGUCAUUGGAGGAUCUAUUCGACCACUGUGGGCGCAGAUUCAGCCUGAAGACUGUCAUCAUGGUGGCAAAGCAAAUGCUUUCUCGCGUCCAAACCAUCCACGAAAAGAACCUCAUCUACCGAGACAUCAAACCCGACAACUUCCUGAUCGGCAAGAUACCUAGCAAAACUGAGAAUGUUAUCCAUGUUGUCGACUUCGGGAUGGCUAAGCAGUAUCGGGAUCCUAAGACGAAGCAACACAUUCCCUACCGAGAGCGGAAAUCUCUAUCUGGCACGGCACGAUAUAUGAGUAUCAACACCCAUCUUGGACGAGAACAAUCGAGACGUGACGACCUCGAGGCCCUCGGUCAUGUGUUCAUGUACUUCCUUCGAGGAGGGCUUCCGUGGCAAGGUCUGAAAGCUGCGACUAACAAGCAGAAAUACGAGAAGAUCGGGGAGAAGAAGCAGACCACACCCAUCAAGGACCUCUGCGAGGGUUUCCCCGCCCAGUUCGAGACGUACUUGUUCUACGUUCGGAACUUGGGCUUCGAGGACGCACCUGACUACGACUACCUGCGCGGCCUCUUCACCGAAGCUGCAAGAGAAAACAAGAUCGACGAGUCGGACAACAAGUUCGAUUGGGAUGAACUCCUGCAAAGGGCCCAAACAAAGAAGGGCGAGUGGAACCGACCCGGCGCGCUGCACAACCCUGACCAUAGACCAGGUCCCUCCAAUAUGGCCCUCCACGACAACUCGCGGGGCGGCAACACGACGCCUCACCUGUCCGACCCUCGGGCACGCCUGACAAUGGACCGUUUAAAUGCCGCGCAACCCCCUCCUCCCUCGCCGAUCAAGCAGAGUCCAAAGGGAGACCGGCGAAACGCCCCAGACCGCUUGAUGAUGCAGAACCGAGCCGGAGCCGGGGGUCUCCGCGACAUGGCAACCCCGACAGGUUCUACGCAGGCCCAAUUCCAGGCCAGUACCCAGAACCUGCCGAAACCAAUGAACUCGACGCAGGCGAUGAACCAGCCCACGCCGACAACUACUGGAAGGCAGCCUGAGCCCCAGCAGCCGACCGGCUUCCAGAAAUUCAUGAAGGCCAUCUGCUGUGGCUAG